GGAUAUGCAACCCCCGGCUGAGGCCUCGGCCUCGGUGCUAACAGCAGUGGCGGCAGUCGCGAACAGUCGCGAGCUCGGUGUUCAACUGGGGCGAUGCUGCUGCUUGUCAUUCGUUUACGCGAUUCACUACGAACGUUCGCCAUUGCUGGUGGUGCCGUCGGUAAAGUUAAUCAAAACCGAUCGGUUCGCUAACUUCAACUACUACUACUACUACUACUACUACUACUAUUACUACUACUACGAUAAUCCACCUUGAUACUACACGUGAAUACGACGACCUUCUUCUACAAACGUGAUGGUGAUGAUGAUAAUGAUCAUGAUGAUGAUAAUAGACGUUUGACCGUUCGGAGGUUUAAGGAAUGGCCAGCAGUACGGAGGACUACGGCUCGGAAUUGCAGGAGUUGCAGUGGGGUGGUAGUAGCGGUUCCCAUUUUCUACGGAGUAAUUCACAUUUCUUGAGAAGCGGUAGUGGUAGUGGUUGUUACGAAGCUGAGGAUCUCGAACCAAGUAGUAGUAGUAGCAGACACCAUGCCGGUCAAAACAGAGGAUAUUACAGCCCGCCUGGCACCAGUUACACCAUCGUCGAGAGACCACCCAGUGCUCCUCACCAUCAUUCCUCCCAUACGACACCUUACAGGCAUCGAUCUCAUGCCACUUCCACCGGUACCAGUGCCAUUUCACCGGAACAAGUACUCAGGUUAUUCGGUAAUGGUGUACCGUCUGAAAGACGUCAAGGUGAACGAAGGACACCUGCCUCGAGUCCAGCAAGUGUGGCCGCCGUGAGGAGUAGCAGUUCGUCUCAACAGGUUCAUCAACAGCAACAAUCUCAACAACAGUCUCAACAACAGCAACAACAAUGUCAACAACAGCAGCAACAACAACAACAACAACAACAACAGCAACAACAAUCUCAACAAAUAGUUGGUUCAAAUCCACCAACAUCACCUGGUUCACAACCACUAAGUCUACAGGAGCUCACCGUAAGGACAAUCACCAUGACGAGAGAUCCACCUGACUCUCAUCAUGGAUUUGGAAUCUGCGUGAAGGGUGGCAAGGACGCAGGUGAGAUCCGAAGUACCUUCAAGCUACCUCCGUCGCCGUACUUCGUGCCUCGAGAACGAGAUGUGCAAUCAGGGGUGGGUGUCUACAUUUCGAGGGUGGAAGAAGGUUCAGUGGCCGAAAGAGCUGGACUCAGGCCAGGGGACACCAUUUUAGAGGUGAAUGGCACACCCUUUCAUGCGGUGACCCACGAGGAGGCUCUCAAAAUGUUGAAAUCCUGUAGGACAUUGAGCAUGACGGUAAGAGGACCAGCAUUAGAUCCUCGUUGUAGAGUUGGUCAUCCCGUUUGGCCAAGUUCGGGUCGUCAACAAUCUUGCAGUUGGAUGGACCGUCAAGGAAGACCAGCUUCACCUCCACCAUUUUUUUCAUCUCGAGAUUCCAGAUAUGGACCGAGAACGCGAAAGGUCGAACUUUGCAUCGAACCAGGACAAUCCCUUGGUCUUAUGAUCAGAGGUGGUCUUGAAUAUGGCCUUGGAAUAUAUGUCACUGGUGUAGACAAGGACAGUGUUGCCGAUCGUGCUGGACUUUUGGUCGGUGAUCAAAUCAUAGAAGUUAAUGGACAGAAUUUUGAGGAAGCAACGCACGACGAAGCUGUACAAAUUUUGAAAACAAACAAGAAAAUGAGUUUAUUGAUACGUGACGUGGGAAAGGUACCUCAUUCCUGUACCACAAGUCAACCAAUCGUCAUGCCUACUUCGAGAUAUCCUGAUCAUGAUCCUAUUAUUCUUGAAAGUCCUGGAAAUCAUCGGCCACCUAGUCCUGCAGUGUCCUGCAGGAGGGCUCAACAACAUCAGGUGACUACCUCUGACCUCGCCCUUUCCAACGACGAGUGUGAUAAUCAGGAUUACGAGGACGACAUUGACAGCGGACGUGGACGAAGACACAGCUCACCAGGUGGAUCACGAGGAAAUCCACGGGAUUACGGUCAUCAUCAUCUUCAUCCGGAUAAUUUGGAAAGCGACGGAGGAUGCGAUGAUAGCGACGCUGAGAUGAUCGGUAAUGGGAGGCGUGGAGGAGGAGGAGGAGGAGGAGGUGGAAGGGAAGGAGGUGGAGGAGAAAGGGAACGCGAUUUGGAGGAGGAUGAGGAAGAAGGAAGGGAAGAGAGGAACUCGGAUGGUGGAGGUGGUGGAGGUUUCGGUGGUUGGAGGUCCCAUUUGCUUGGUGGGCUGACGCAGCGUGUGAAAUCCUGGUACUGGGGCGCCAGGCCCCUCGAACUGGCGCACAAAUUAUCGCGAAGCUUCGAUAUGCAAGAUGCACAAUUACUCGAGGAGGGUGGUUCCGGUGGUGGUUCGAUUACCGGAAGUGGAGGACCAGGUGGACCACCUAGGAGACAUCACAGUGCUCAAAGAUUAACCAGAAACGAGAUGUCUGAUAGAAGAGACGAAGAUGGUGCAUUGGUUGUACCAGAUCAUCAAGGAAAUCUUAGGAUCACUGUAAAAAAAACUAAAUCUAUUUUGGGCAUUGCAAUUGAGGGUGGUGCUAAUACUAAACAUCCCUUACCGAGGAUCAUUAAUAUUCACGAUAACGGAGCUGCUUACGAAGCUGGUGGUCUGGAAGUCGGUCAACUAAUUCUCGAGGUCGACGGUCACAAAGUAGACGGAUUACAUCAUCAAGAGGUAGCCAGAUUAAUAGCAGAAUCAUUCGCAAGACGUGACAGAAAUGAAAUCGAAUUUUUGGUAGUAGAAGCUAAGAAGAGUAAUCUCGAACCUAAACCAACGGCAUUGAUCUUCCUGGAAGCGUAGCAGGAGUCCCCCACCUCCGAGCCGGAACCACCGUAGUAAAAAAAAAACCAUUUUUUACUUCGACGAUAUCGAAAAAUCGGCCCGGAAAGAAGAGAAUCCAAUUGACAACAGAAGAUCUCAACAUACUGAAUCUAAUUUUGAUUGAAAUCUAUUAUCAUCAAAUACACCUGAUUUAUUCUCUAAUUCGUGACCGAGAUUUUCGAUCGGUCGUUCCUCGACCUGGCCCUGGUGGUGGGAACCAUUUCAAUCCAAGACAAACAAA